AAAAGAAAACAAUUUGAAAAAAAAUAAUAGACACAACGAAAAUCAAAAGAGAAGCAGAGCAACAAGAACAGUUAGACAACAACGAAAAUGAAUUCCAAAGUCAAUUCGCUGGAGGAGAAAGUGAAACUGCCGCCAACGGAGACAAUAAGCCGUUGCUAUCAGCCGCAGCAGAGCAACCGUAAGGUCAUACGCAUCCUAACGGUAGCCGUCUAUGUGCUGUGCGUAUCGCUGGCGGCCAUCAUGCUAUCGCUCUACUAUAUUUUCAUAUGGGAUCCGACCAUACGGCCCUUCGUCACCAAGGCCAAUCAGUGCGACAAAAUUGUGAUACCCGAAAAGAUUGCCAUACGCCUAUUAAACUCAUCGGAAGUCACCGCAGAGCAGUUCUACAAGCACAUCCUCGAACAGUAUCGCAUCCUGAACCACUUGCAAAUGCAGCGCCAGCAGUUCCUGCAGAAGCAGCAUCUGCAGCUGCAGCAGCUGGAGGCAAGCAAUCGCUUCCAGGAGGUGUUCGCCACGGCCACCAUCUACCAGGCGCAUCAGCAACCACGUGAUCCGCUCCAGAAGUCAAAGGCUCUACAGGCUGCCUCGUCGUUGUCCUCCGCCUCCAUCUCCUCCCUCGCCCUGGCCAACAAUAGUAGUGGUAGCAGCAGCAGAGACCCGUUUCGCCUAGAGCCAGCAGUGAAUGGGGACAGCUCGUUGCACCACCUGCCCCUCGUGCUAGACACUUCACCCCCGGCAGAGGGCAACAUUCAGCAUGUGAAGCGGAAGACUCAUCGUGGCCAUUAUAAGCACCAUCGCAGUCGAGCCGGUGCCAAGAAGCUGGCGGAGCGAACUGGCGGAGCCACUGUAACGGUCAGCACUGCAGCCAGCGAGCAGCCAACGGUGGCUGCACCACUCGGCUACAUGGAUGCCCCACUCAAUCCGGCAGCCGGCACCAUCCUGCAGCAGCCGCUGCAGCUUUACACAUCCAUGCCCAUACCGCUCAUCCUCAGUCCGAGCAAUGGGGAGAAACGCCUAUCGCACCACAGCCACAGCCAUGCGCACGGCGAGCGGCGCGGCAUGGGUGGUGCACAGGCCAGACGACGCGCCACCACAGCCACCGUAUCGGGCUACGAUGCGCAGACCUACCUCAAUCCGUUCCUCACCGGCGAGCUCAUCUUCGAGAAGUAAGCAGCUGAGCCACACUCACACUUACACGCACACGCACACAUACACACCGACACAGACACACUCACACUCGCUGAGAGAUACACGUUGAACAUUUGGCCAAAGUUUAGCUAAAGAUACUUUACUUUAAGCAUCUGGCAUCGGCACCGGAUGAGAUGGGGAUCGAGACUCGGACACUGUCAUAUCACACAGUUAUAGCGAGACUUUUACUACUACAACUACAACUACAAAUACUUGCACUCUAGCAGAUGCAUCAGAUAUGACUAUAUAUAUAUAUAUAUCACAUAUACAUAUAUAUAUAUCAGAGUUGGCUUUUCAGAUUUCUUUCUAGGCCCAGUUCACACUGAACUCUAUAUCUAAAUGGCAAAUGAUUUGAUAUAAUUGACCAGCUGCUAAAGUUCCUUGUAAAGCUCAUGUUAGUUGUGCUUCUUCACAGAGGAAUUGUCAAUUGCUGCACUCUUUCGACAAGAGUGGGUCAACAAGUUAACAGAGAGUUGACAUAUGUUAACAGCCACUUUAACUAGCUUGGUUAAUAUUUAACAGCUAGUCAAAUGAGCAGCUAAAUUGAACUUCAUGCUCAUUUUAGAGCAGAUAUUGAUGUUAAAUGGAUUUGAAAUGGAGUUGCGCUCAAAGAAAUUCUAGAACAGCUCUGGUAGAGGUCAUAGACGAUGCACUGCACGGCACCUAGCGACACCUCCCACUACGUAUAUACAAAUAUAUACACACCCAGACAUAUAUAUAUCCAAAUAUUUCAAAGAAAACAACUAUAUAUAUAUAUAUAUAUUUAUAUAUAGAGGGGCUUUACUUAACAUUGAUUCCUACAGAUAUUCUACACACACUCACACUCACACAGAGAGAGACACACUGGCAGCACACGGCGAACGCAAUACUCAAUAAUAGUCAUAGAUGAUACAUAUAUAGUGCAUGCGAUAGUAUCGCAUGCGAACGUUAGUUAGGUACUUACUGACAUAUGUACCUAGACGGGACCCACUCCAAUAGAGCGUCACUCACUGCGGCAAGCAAACGACACCCCACCUAGGACACUGCUUUAAGGCAACAACAAUAACUAGUUAAAAUCGAAAGAUAUAUAGUAUAUAUACAUAUAUGGUAUAAUCACACUCACUAAAUAUCACACACAUAUACAUAGCUAUACGUAUGUAUAUCACUAUAUCACUCACGGCAUCAAAGAUUUCGGAGAGGGUUCGGCUUGGCAUGAAUAUUUCAUAGAUGGAUUACAAUUGUUAACGAUGUUUAUACGAUAUUUGUAUAUAUAAUAUAACACCAAGUGCACAGCACACAUAUAACUAACUACAUACCUAUAUAAGCAGAGAAGAAUAUUUACAUAUAUGUGGAAACUACAAUCUUCAGUUCAGUUACGCAUAGAAAUUGUGAGUGAACAAAUAUCAAAGUUCAUCCAUUUUUUCGCGCUCUCAAAAGUAUGCUACAACAUUUAUAUUUACGAAAUGGAACUUUCAAAUAGUAGUGCGUGUUUUU